AAGAUGUCACAGGUGAAGGAAAUAAUGACGCAAAGGAUGGGUAGAGAAGAGAGACACACCUUAAAGAAUAAUAGUUGGGGGGGGGGAGUUGAAGUUGUAGACAACAAAUACUUGGCAUUUGGUGUGGUCUCUACAGUGCAAAAGAAUGGUGAUGGAACAGUUAUUUGUGGCUGUGCUAAUGAUGUCUGCACACCUAGCAGUCUCAUAUCCUCUGACUACAGAGAGCUAUUACAUGGAUGGAGGGCGACAAUGCAGACUGUGUCCACCAGGUCAUUAUCAGAAGUCCUGUUCAGAGUGCUCUCCCUGUCGAGAUGGUUCCUACACAACACGAUUGAAUGCAGAGUCCAGUUGUCAUUCCUGUUUCAAAGACUGCAAACGUGAUUUGCACCUGGUGGAGGAUGAGCCGUGUACUUUUGUAUCGAACGCUAGAUGUCGCUGUGAGGCUGGUUUUACCUGCACCGACAAAGAUGACCAGACAGGAAACUGUAGAGACUGUGAGAAGAUCCCUCAGCUGCCCCCACCUCCCCUGCCACCUAGCAAUGUAGUGGGCAUCAGAAACAACCAGACAGGAACUUCCUCUGAACACAGCAGGACUUCCUCUCCCGCUGGACACUGUCAACCUCCCAACUGUGACACUCCACGAUCACCAGUCUCACAAGCAGGCAAUGUCACUCAUCACACCACAGGUGUGUCUGACACCAGCAAACACUUGGCAGCCAUUUUGUGUCCUAUGGUGGUCAUUGGAAUCCUAGCCGUUAUCAUUCUGUUAUGUAUCCGUCGCCCAGGAGAUGAAGCCUGUUUCAAACAAGCUCUCAAGUUCUGUAACAAGGGAGUAAGAGAAGCGUCGCCUAACAAGACCAAAGAGCCAACUCCUCAGCACCGUGCCAGAGAGACACAGCCCAGUAUUAAGCACCAGGCAGUGGAUCCACCACCUAUUACAGCAGCAAAUAUGGGCCCAGUCCAUGUCCACAAUGCUGGAACAGUCAUCUUCAGUUUACUCAACCAGUUCACUGGUAUGGGUGGAGGGACGGAAGAGAGAGGGCAGAAAGAGAGGGAUGAGGAAGGAUGUCCGGCCCACCCCACACCCUCCCCUAACAUCCAUCUAUCCCAGGAGGAAAGGGAUGGGGAGAUGGACUGUGUAUUCUUCCCUUCACAGGAACAAGGGAAGGACAGUCAUGUUUCCAAGGAGGAGGUGCAUUGAGGGGAGGGGCAUUGAGGACAGAGGACGCACCAAGUGAAAGCUUCCCUUCUAGGAUCAGUUUAGCCAACCCUACAUCCUAAUGUUAAUCAUAAGGAGGAUUAAGACUGGUCUGACCCUGGAUCAGUGGUAAGGGACAACAUCUACCUGGGGCUCUAUUCAGUCUGUAUCACUGAAGCGUUACAGAUUGCUUGAUAGAAAUGUAAAGGUAAUUUUUGAUUGAGCCGACAUAUGCAGUGUUUAACGUGAAUGCAGUCUCCACUGAUGCGAGAACAUUGCCUUUACAUUUCUAUCAGGCUGUAAAGCUGAACUUCUGAGAUACAGAUUGAAUGGAGCCUUUACUCUCAGAAGAACACCGGUGAAUCCCGAAACUCUAGAAUGGCCAUUAUUUCCUGUCCCAAAACUCUAGAAUGGCCAUUAUUGUCCUGUCCUAGACCUAGAUAGAGCUAGACAUCUCACUAUGGUGGUCAUGUACACAUCCACUUGCUCUCCUUUUAUUGAACUGUAUAAUAAGCUUUCAGUCUCAACUGCUGCAAACAGUUUUUUUCUGUGUUCAUGUGGCACCUUGAACUGUUUUUUCACAAAUUCAAAGGAAAAUAUUAAAUAUAAUUUUUCAAUGAA